UUUUGGGACGGAUCGAAAAAGAAAUAUUAUUUCAGAGCCAGCUCCUACAAAAGAAGAGUAACGACCAAGGUAAAACACAAGCAUGAUUAGGCGCUCUGGUCGGCAUACAAGAUUCAAGACGUAACUCGUAAGAGCUGCAACCCUCCAACUAGAUCUCUUCAAGCCGUAAACAUUAUUUCCCUCGUUCUACUUGUAUGGUUUUAUUUGGAUUUUUCUCUUUAUAGAAGAGGAAAGCAAAUUGAGUACUUGAAGAAACCCUAUUCAUGGCUGGUAUACUUGAAGGCUCGGUGCAGAACAUUUUAGAGCAGGAUACAUUAAAGUGGGUUUUUGUAGGGGGGAAGGGUGGAGUGGGGAAAACCACUUGCAGCUCCACACUUGGUAUACUUCUCGCUCAGGUCCGAUCAUCUGUGCUCAUCAUCUCUACCGACCCCGCCCACAAUCUCAGCGAUGCUUUCCAGCAGCGUUUCACUAAGUUUCCCACCCUUGUCAAUGGUUUCUCCAAUUUAUAUGCAAUGGAAGUUGACCCAAAUGUGGAGAAUGAAGACACAGUUGGGUCAGAUGGAAUGGAUGGAUUUUUGUCUGAAUUGGCCAAUUCUAUUCCUGGAAUUGAUGAGGCUAUGAGUUUUGCUGAGAUGCUAAAAUUAGUGCAAACUAUGGAUUAUUCUGUUAUAGUAUUUGAUACUGCUCCAACGGGUCACACACUCCGGUUAUUACAAUUUCCGUCAACUCUGGAGAAAGGGCUUGGAAAAAUGAUGAAAUUGAAGAACAACUUUGGUGGAUUGUUGAAUCAGGUGACUGGUCUCCUUGGUGUUGGUAAUGAAUUUGGUGAGGAUGCAAUCCUAGGAAGGCUCGAGGGAAUGAAAGAGAUUAUUGAGAAAGUUAACAAGCAGUUCAAGGAUCCGGACUUGACAACAUUUGUCUGUGUUUGCAUUCCGGAAUUCUUGUCGCUGUAUGAGACUGAAAGGCUUGUGCAGGAACUCACUAAAUUUGACAUUGACACACAUAAUAUCAUUAUCAACCAAGUCAUAUUCGAUGAAGAAGUAGUGGAGUCAAAGUUGCUCAAGGCGAGAAUGCGAAUGCAACAGAAGUACUUAAAUCAGUUCUACAUGUUAUAUGAUGACUUCAACAUUACUAAAUUGCCUUUGCUGCCAGAAGAGGUUUGUGGUAUUCAGGCUCUGAAGGAUUUUUCACACAAUUUUACGACUCCAUACCAACCUUCUCUGGUUCGAGGCUCAGUUGAAGAGUUGAAGCAGAGAGUAUCUGUACUAAGGAAACAAUUGGAAGAUGCUGAAGCAGAGCUAGAAAUACAUAGAAAAGGAAAGCAGAGGGCUUGACUCCUUUGCUUUAAUUUGAACAUUAAUGCAGUUUUGGAGUUAGGACGCCACCCUCUCUUAAAUAUGGAAGGACCCUUAGUCUCUAUUUGGAUGAAGCUUAAUCUAGGUGAAAACCAGAAUAUAGAAGACAACCUCUAAAACCCUCCGGUUUUAGAGGGUUCUUUGUGUUGAUCCUCUGGUUCACUUGUAACAUCCCAUGCGAGGCUAGUCCAGAUUUACAUUCAUUUGGAAAUAUCUAUGUUCAUCCCGAACAAAACAAAUCAUUAAGUGAUAAGUUGUUCAAGUUAUAGGUACUGUGUAUUUCUCCACUCGUGUUAGUGUGCUUGUAUGAUGUGAGGACUAAUUAAAUGCAAUUAUUUAGAAUGGGACUCGUUAAGUUGGCACAAAAUAUAGCUGUGCAUAAUGUUUUCUCACGGGAAUGUAAUUUUUCGGGUAAGUAAUACUCC